AUGCCGCUGCGACACGAAGGAGUGGCAACGAAGAUGGCUGGUAGACGCGAGAGUGCGCCGAGUUCGCACGAGGACCGGCGAGUGACUAAGAGGAUGAGCGAUGCACUAUCGCUGGCAGAGCGCGACACGCCGCCAAAGGACCACCAGAAGGGCGAGCCCGCAGUCAAUGAGCGGAUACUCCUGUACAAGAUCGACCUGUUCGUGCUCUCGUUCGUGUGUCUACAGUAUUGGAUCAAUUACGUGGACCGCGUGAGCUUUGGCAACGCGUACGUGUCGGGCAUGGACAAGGAGCUGGGCCUGCACGGCAAUCAGUUCAACGUGAUCAACACUUGCUUCACGGUGGGAUACAUCCUGGGGAUGCUGCCCAACAACCUGCUGCUGCUCGUGCUGCCGCCGCGGAUAUGGCUGAGCGUCUGCACGCUGGGGUGGGGCCUGCUGACGCUGGCGAUGUACCGUGCGACCUCAUUCGAGUACUGCUGCGCGGUGCGGUUUUUCCAGGCGGUCUUCGAGAGCUGCACGUUCAGCGGCACGCACCUAAUCCUAGGCUCCUGGUACAAGGAAAACGAGCUCGCGCUCCGGAGCGCGGUGUUCACGGCGUCCGGCCUCAUCGGGUCGAUGUGCAGCGGGAUGAUGCAGGUUGCAAUCUUUGACGCCAUGGACGGGCGCCGCGGCAUAUCCGGCUGGCGCUGGCUGUUCAUCAUCGACUUCCUGGUCACAGUGCCCAUAGCCAUCUACGGCUUCAUCUUCUUCCCCGGCACGCCGGACCACAACCGUGCCGACACGUCGGCACUUGUGUUCAGCAAGGCCGAGCUGCGCUACGCGCGUGCGCGCCUGCCCGCGCGCGACGAGCGCGCCCGCCUGGACCUCUCUGUGUUCCACCGGGUCCUAGGCCGCUGGCACUGGUGGCUUUUCAGUCUGCUGUGGGUUGCCGGCGGCGAGAACAUCUCCUUUGCCUCGAACUCCACCUUCUCGCUCUGGCUGGCCAACCGCGGCUACUCGCUUGCCCAGCGCAACCGCUACCCCAUGGGCAUCUUCGCCGUCGGUAUCGCCGCCACCUUCGCGUCCGCAUUUUACAUGGACCGGUGCCGCUGCAGCCAGCACUGGCACGUCGCGCUUGCCAUCACCGCCGUCAUGUGCAUCGUCGCCGUCCUCAUCCGCAGCAACCCGCUCUCGCCCGCCAUCAUGUUCGCCGCCCAGUACCUGGGCGGCGUGGCCUACGCGGGCCAGGCCAUCUUCUUCUCCUGGGCCAACAUUGUGUGCCAGAGCGACCUACAGGAGCGUGCCAUUGUCCUGGCCUCGAUGAACAUGUUCUCCGGCGCGGUCAACGCCUGGUGGUCCCUGCUCUUCUACAGCGCUACUACUGUCCCGCACUUCCGCAACGGCUGCUACGCUCUUCUCGGAACCAGCAUUGUGAGUGCCCUCAUCUCCGUCAUCGUUCGCUUGCUCCAGCUGCGCGAGCAGCGUCGCAAGCUGGCCGACCUGCCUGCCAACCUGAACUACGUGGGUGCUGACACUUCGCUGGAGGACCCACUGGCUACAGAUAGCCACAGGAGUCCCUGA